CUGGCGCAAAUAUUGGAGGUCCCAGACCCACUUCCUGUAGCUCGAUUCCUGCCGGUGCUCGCGGAGGACUCGUCGUCGUAGUCGUCGUAGUCGUCGGUGUCGGUGUCAGUGUCGUCGACGCCGUCGUCGUCGUCGUCGUUGCCGCAUGCGUCGUGCUCUUCUUCAACAACGAAGGCCUCAGAGACACGCCUCGCGCUCUGUCCCGGGGAGAUGUGACACUACUCCUGUCUCGUUCAGGCCAAUGUCCCAGAUGCUCGCCCGUCUCGCCAUAUCUCGUCGUUGCCGGUGCUGCCGCCGUGUCCGCAGGCACGCUCGAUGCCGGGAAGGAGGUGCAGCUGUGGAAGAUGUCGUCGUGGGCCGUCUCAUCGAUGUCGUGGAUCUCUGCCGCCGCCCCCAGUCGUUCGUCUUGAUGGCGUGCAUGCUCAUAGCCCCGUUGCCUGUCGGACAUGUCUGCCGCUGCUGCUACCACUGCUACCACUACUGCUACCGCUGGGCCCUGCUCAACGCGCUAUGGUGCUGGUCGUGUAUCGCAUCGGGCACGGAGCCGUCUCUUGCGCAGUCUUGAAGACAUGGACUUACAUGGUGGACGCGCUCCAUUAUUAUAAGACGAGCGCGGCGAGGCGUCAGAGGCCUGCACUUUUCGAGAGCCGUCAGUCGUUGGUAGUCGUGGGCCAAGAGCCCAGCCUUACAAGCAAUCCCUCCCUCGCCCGCUAUGGACCACGUAGACAUAGCUCCGGUAGCAGGAGAAGCGCAGAGCGGGAGAGACAGACCUAGGUGUGCCGCAGUCAGCAGUGGACAAGGCCAGCAGGGCCAGCCAGGCAAGUACAGGUACAUGUACGGAUGCUAUCGCCCAGUGCAGGUACCGGUAGUAGGAGGCUACCUCGCGUUUGCCUCGGAUCACCGGAUCGCUGACGAUGUGAUGUGCACGGCGACGUGUGGACGGGACAGGAGACACGUUACAGGACAGGUAUCCUGUGUCAAGUGUCAACUAGGAGGUAGGAGCCAAAAUGCCCAAAAAUUGAUGCAGGGCCACCCGCCCCGCCUCCGACUAGUCCUCUUAGACCUUACCGCCUCCCCCGCGGUCCCGCCGACGACACGCACUCUCACUUACGAGCCAUAUACGAGGCACUUUGGCUCCACGCAAUACCACCUCCAAUCUUCUCAUGGCGCUGUGGAGGCGUACCUGAUGGCUGAUGGUUGA